UAUCAAUAUAGAAAGGAGAGGGAGAGAUAGUAGAGAGGGGUUGUUUUUCUUCCUUUGAGGGGGAGGUUUUCCCUUGCUCUUGCUCCUCCUCUUGAGCUCAUCUUGCCUUCUUUCUCCCUGGUCUUAAAGACUAUUCCUGCAAGUUGAGAGAUGGCAGGUCAUUGGGCCUUCAUUGUUGGAAUCAUAGGCAAUGUCAGCUCCUUCCUGGUUUAUCUUGCCCCAGUGCCUACAUUCUAUCAAGUAUAUCGAAAGAGGUCGACGGGAGGAUUCCAAUCAGUCCCCUACUCGGUUGCACUGUUCAGUGCGAUGCUUUGGAUUUUUUAUGCAUUUGUCAAGACUAAUUCCAUGCUUCUAAUUACCAUUAAUUCAACUGGGUGUGUCAUCGAGAUGAUAUACAUCAUCAUGUACCUUGCCUAUGCCCCGAGAUCUGCUAGGAUCUUCACUGCUAAAAUAAUGUUGCUCUUGAAUGUGGGAUUCUUUUCUUUGAUCCUUCUCUCUACUCUUCUGCUGUCAAAAGGCUCCAAACGCGUGAUAGUUCUUGGCUGGAUCUGCAUGUGCUUCUCAGCUUCUGUCUUCGCCGCUCCUUUGAGCAUCAUUAGGCAAGUUGUUCGCACAAGAAGCGUAGAAUACAUGCCAUUCACGCUGUCGCUCUUCCUUACCAUAAGCGCAGUGGCCUGGUUCUUCUACGGACUGCUCACAAACGACCUAUAUGUCAUGUUUCCAAACGUUCUGGGAUUCGCCUUUGGUGCCGUCCAGAUGUUGCUCUACGUAGUAUACAAGUACAUGGUCAAGAAGGUCGUCGUAGAGCCUGCCGUGCUCGAGCACAUCGUCACCAUCGGCGUACAAAAGGCUGGAGUCGAGCUGCAGGUGCCUGCUGAGGAGAGCAGCGACGGCAAGGAAGCCGUGAAGGCAAAUGAGGAGACCAAUGGUCGCGACAAGGGGAAGCCGGGAGAGGAGAAUGGGCUUGAGAUAAGCCCCGUCUGAGUCUUGGUGGUGGCUGGAGCGGUGAUGGAGAGUGAGGUUCCCUUUAGUAGUGAAGCAUCUCAUGCAUGGUUUCAUUUCAUUACUUAGCUAAACCUAGAGAGAGAUGAAACACCAUCUUUCACUCUCUCCCUAUAUCCCGUCUUCUUCUUCUCCCUUUCCAUCUCUAGUUAUAUGUUCUAGUCAUAAGUGAUGUACUAAGGUGCUUUUACACUAGAAAAAAAAGGUGUGCUGCGAAGCUAUUGUUAUCAAAAACCAAAAGCUUGAAGCUUUUAUAUGCAUCUCUUUUGGCAUUAACCAUGUAUUUUUAAUCCAAGGACCUGUUUUCAGUGGAAGCUCCCA